GGGAGGAGAUAAUGACAGAGUGAAGGAGCCGGAGCUCCGGCGCUCAGUCAGUCUGGAUCGGUCCGUCUCCCGUCUGUCCCUCCACCAUGGACCGGCCCGGUUCUGGACUGCUGGUCCUCGUCUUCCUGCUGCACAUCAGCUGCUGCCUCUCAGGUUCUCUCCAUCAGGUUCUGUCAGAGUUCAGCAUAAUUCGUCCAAUCAGAACCGACUCAGAGGGACGGCUCCUUUCAGCAUCAGUCUCUGCCCACCAUCCGUACCGAAGCAAGAGACACGCCCCCUCAAAUAAGGACACGCCCAACAACUCCCAGGCACAACAGGCCCCGCCCACUUGGAGAUCAUCGUUCAGCCAUUCAUGGAGGGGGAGGAGUCCCAAGGAAGAGGCGGAGCUCUUCUACAACGUGACGGUGUUUGGUCGGCACCUCCACCUGCGGCUGCGUCCAAACUCCCGCCUCAUCGCUCCCACUGCCACCUUGGAGUGGGAGGAGUCAGGAUACCUGCACUCUGAGCCAAUCAGAGAGGACGACUGUUACUACACAGGAACAGUGUCAGACCUGGACGACACGUCUGUGGCCAUCAGCAACUGCGACGGACUGGCAGGAAUGAUCCGGACCGGAGGAGACGAGUUCUUUAUCGAACCGCUGAAAGACGACGAAGAGGAGAGCGAAGGCGAGCGAAGGCACGUGGUUUAUCGCUCUUCGGCCAUCAUCAGGAAACCAUCAGCUGCUAAUCAGACCUCAGAGGACUUCCUGCGAGGGCCGCUGCUAGGACUGCUGAACCCGAACCCAACCCCGAGUCCAAACGGGUCAGGUCGCCGGCGCCGCGACACCAUGGCUGAAAUGUUUCACAUUGAGGUGCUGCUGGCCGUGGAUUACUCCCUGCUUCUCUUCCAUGGCCGCGAAAACAUCCUGAAGUAUCUCCUCACCCUGAUGAACAUUGUCAAUGAGAUCUACCAGGAUUCCUCUCUGGGGGCCAACAUCAACGUGGUGGUAGCAAGGAUCAUCAUGCUGAGCGGCACCAAGUCCCAGGAGCUGAUUGCAGUGGGGAAUCCUCAGAAGAGCCUGGAGAACGUCUGCGGAUGGUCGUAUCUGCAGCAGGUGGAGCAGAGCCAGGAGGCGCAGCAUGACCACACCAUCUACCUGACCCGCCAGGAGUUCGGUCCCACUGGCAUGCAGGGUUAUGCUCCGGUCACCGGGAUGUGCCAGCUGCACCGGAGCUGUGUCCUGGUUCUAGAAGACGGAUUCUCCUCGGCUUUUGUUGCUGCGCAUGAGACAGGCCACGUGCUGGGCAUGGAGCACGAUGGGGAGAUGAACGACUGCAUGGACGACGUCCCUCUGGGCAGCAUCAUGUCUCCCCGGGUCCAGGCCACCUUCUACCGCUAUCACUGGUCCAGCUGCAGCUGGAGGGAGCUGCACCGCUACCUGAACGCCUAUGACUGUCUCCGUGACGACCCCUUCAGCCAUGAGUGGCCCGCCCAGCCACAGCUACCGGGCUUCCAGUACACCAUGGACCAGCAGUGCCGCUUCGACUUUGGCCCGGGAUUCAGCAUGUGUACCGCCUACAUGACCCCUGAUCCCUGCAAGCAGCUGUGGUGCAGCGACUACAACAACCCAUUUUUCUGUAAGACCAAGAAAGGCCCCCCACUGGAUGGGACCAAGUGCGGACCAGGCAAGCACUGCUUCAAAGGCUUCUGCAUCAAGCUCACCCCAAACCUCCUGAAGCAACACGGAAACUGGGGGCGCUGGAGUCCGUUCGGCAGCUGCUCCCGGACCUGUGGGGGUGGGGUCCGGUUCCGGACCAGACAGUGUGAUAACCCCCCUCCAGCCAAUGGAGGGCGCACCUGCUACGGGAACAGCUAUGAGUUCCAGCUGUGCAGCCAGGAGGACUGCCCCCCCCUCACCGACUUCAGGGAGGAUCAGUGUAAAGCCUGGAAUCCAUUCCUGGAGCAUGAAGGAAUGAAGCAUCAUUGGCGCCCAUAUGAGCAUCCUGACCAGGACGAGCGUUGCCGUCUGUACUGUCAGUCCAAGGAGACGGGUGCCGUGGUGUCCAUGAACAGAAUGGUGCAUGAUGGGACGCUGUGUUCCUACGACGAUGCCUACAGCGUCUGCGUCCGAGGAGAGUGUGAGCAUGUGGGAUGCGACGGCCAGAUCGCCUCGGACCGUCGGGAGGAUCAGUGCGGAGUCUGUGGGGGAGACGACUCCACCUGUAAGAUCGUUAAGGGGAACUUCACCCGCAGCACCAGGAAGCUAGGUUACCUGAAGAUGCUGGAAAUCCCCAAAGGAGCCAGGCAUCUGGUGAUUCAGGAGUUUAAGGGGAGCCCUCACACCCUGGCCGUGAAGAACCAGGAGACGGAUCACUUCUUCCUCAAUGAUGAACAUGAGAUUCCUGAGAGCCGGGUGGUGAUAGAGAAGGGAGUGGUGUGGCAGUACAACAAGACUGGUGAGCAGGAGGCGCUGCACAGCGACGGGCCGCUGAAGUACGGCGUCAUACUCAUGGUCCGUUCUCACCUGGACUCCAAGGUAACGGUGUCUUACAGCUACAUCAUUCAGGACUACAUCCGCUCCUCUCUUGAGUCCAACCUGGUGCAGGAGGAAGCUGUGGUCUAUGAGUGGGCCCUGAAGAAGUGGUCCCACUGUUCCCAGCAAUGCGGUGGAGGGACGCAGUACACCCGGUUUGGCUGCAGGAGGAAGGCUGACGGGAAAAUGGUGGAGAGGGUCUACUGCUCCGACAUCAACAAGCCCAGACCCAUCAGCCGCAAGUGCAAUGCUGAGAGCUGCAGAUCUCCACAGUGGGUGACUGGGGACUGGGAGGCCUGCAGCGCCUCCUGUGGGCAGACAGGGUGGCAGCGCCGCUGGGUGAGCUGCCAGCAGGAGUCCAGCAGUGGGAAGCAGCGCCGCUUAGUGAACAGCAAGCUCUGUGGCAAUGACCGGCCAGAGGCCAAGCAGACCUGCAACCGGUUCCUCUGCCCCGCUGGUUGGAGGACCGGGCCCUGGACCGCGUGUUCGGCCUCCUGUGGAAACGGGACUCAGGACCGUCAGGUUGCGUGUUUGAAUCCUGAAGGUUCACCUGGAAACUGCAGCGAUCUGCAGCCAAUAGCAGCGCGCCCUUGUCAGGCCCCGCCCUGCAACGGAGAUCCGAAGAAUGCCAUCAUCCUAUGGCUGUCCAGGUCCAACCCCAGCUUCCCGGCUCCACAGACAUCUCCCAGGCAGCGUUGCCAUGGCGACCGCUCUGUCUUCUGCCGGAUGGAGGCGCUGAGUCGGUACUGUUCGAUCCCUGGAUACAGACAGAUGUGCUGCAAGUCCUGCAGCGAGAGGAACGCCAGCAACUCUGAUGGGUUCAGUAACUUCACCAACUCCAGCAACUUCACCAACUCCAGCAACUUCAUCAAUUCCAGCAACUUCACCAACUCCAGCAACUUCACCAGAUCCAGCAACUUCAUCAAUUCCAGCAACUUCACCAGAUCCAGCAACUUCAUCAAUUCCAGCAACUUCACCAACUCCAGCAACUCCAGCAGCCAGAGUCCCACUGACUCCCCAGCAAACAACAGCAGUUCCUGGGAGUUGACUGAAAUGAUGAUGUCGGUGACCUCGUCUACCUCAUCGGUUGGUGAUGUAAUCAGUGAUGUCACCAGCACACCAACCCCUACAAGCAAGAGCAGCACCAACUUUGUCUAUGUGGACUAUGACUACGAGUUUCAGACGUACGUCGACAAAACGCCUGUUUUUCCAGCUACCACAGCUGCCGCAAUUACUGCGGUUACCAUGGUUACCACGGUUACCUCCACAGCUGGAACUACGACAGCACGGCCGAUAGGAACCACUCCAGAGUAUCUGCUGAGCAGGAGAACCGCCCUGGUGUCCGUGGUUACGGUUGAUCAGAACCAGACAGCGCCACCAAUCAGAACCUCCGAACACACUGCCACAGCACCAGGUGUGCCGGCACCGGCCUCCAGGGAGAAGAACUCGGUGGAUGAGGUCCAGUACCGGGUGGUUGGAGCGGACGGUACCACCAGAAACCAGCAGAACCUCUUCGUUCCCCGAGUGCUGCCUUUCCACGAACGGACUCAGAACCAGCGCAUCCAGCAGCUUCUGAAGGAGAGGCAGCUGCAGAACCUUCUGAGACUGGAAGAACGAACCAGGGCGAGGCGGAACCUCCUGGCCCAGCAGAACCAGACCAGGGCAAGGUGGAGGGACUGACCCAGUUCUGUUGGGCUUAAUAAUAUCAGUCAAUGAGAAACAGAAACUGACAGAAACUCCUCCAUCUUUGUUUCUCUGAGCUUAAAGCAAAGUUACUCUUUCAGGCAUGAACGACCAGAACCGGGCCGCAGAACGCUCCGGUUCUGUUGGGUUUUAUACUCAUGCUGUUUGUACCAACUAAUCCUGUCUUAAUAAAGCAAAGUCUCUUCCA